AUGAAAUACAAUAAACACAAGCCUACAACAGCUGUCAGUCAAUCAAAAUUGAACAAAAGUACAGUAAAUCUUUCUCAUUCGAACGAAAAUGCCAGUUUUUUUCGACGUUUACUUCAAUCAUUAUUUCAAAUUGAUCUUCAGAACGAUCGACUUUGCACAUGCCAAUCAUUGAAUCGAAACGGCAAUGCGUUCACCAAUGACAAUGAGAAUCAACAACUCUAUCCUCAUAUGAGCAAAGUCUAUGAUGGUGAUACAGAUCUACUUGAACAUGUACAUAUAAUCAUGUCGACAAUCAAACCCGAAUAUUCGAUUCGGGAACAAGACGAAUCGAUGGAACAACGACGUCAUCGACGCACAAGAGUUUCGAAACAACGUGCGAAAGUUCUAAUCACUGAAUAUUGUUCGCGUAAAAUCGUUGAUAAAAUAAAGAUCUCAGCAAAUAAACGAAAUUAUUCGUCGCUCUGUUUUUCUUUCAUUAAUCCUUUUAGAAUGUGCUAG